AAAUGCUAUUUUUAAAUAAUUUAAACCUACUAGACUUCAAAGAAAAUAAUUAAAACAGCUUUUACAUCUGUACUCUUCCCUUACACAGUUAAAUGCAAAUUCUCCUUACAGCCAUACUCCUGAUAUCUCACUGCAUACAUAGCUGAUACGCCACCUACUGCAAAACUGAGCUGACAAUCCAUGCAAUGCUAGCAGCACUUCCAUUCCAUCACCGUGCUGGAGCUGAAUAAAGGUGCUUUUAAAAUAUCUCUUUUCAAGCACACAAGAACAAGGCAAGAUAGCUGUCUUUUUAACUUGGCUUUAAGAAUGGAGCGAAAAAUAAACAGAAGAGAAAAGGAACAUGAAGAAAAGCACAACUCCUCUGAGGGUACUGAGGAAGGCAAGAACUGUAAAAUGCCUCUGAUUACCCUCAAUGUUGGUGGAUACCUGUACAUUACACAAAAACAAACACUAACCAAGUACCCAGACUCUUUUCUUGAAGGUGUGGUAAAUGGAAAAAUUCUCUGUCCAUUUGAUGCAGAUGGCCAUUAUUUCAUAGACAGAGAUGGACUCCUUUUCAGGCACAUUCUGAACUUCCUACGAAAUGGAGAACUUCUUCUACCGGAGGGGUUUCGAGAAAAUCAACUUUUGGCACAAGAAGCAGAUUUUUUUCAGCUUAAGAUGUUAGCUGAUGCAGUGAAAUCAAGGUGGGAGAAAGAACAGCUAGCGUCCAGAGAGACUACUUUCCUGGAAAUAACUGACAGCCACGACCGUUCACAAGGUCUUAGGAUCUUUUGUAAUGCUCCUGAUUUCAUAGCAAAAAUCAAAUCUCGCAUUGUUCUGGUGUCAAAAAGCAGGCUGGAUGGAUUUCCAGAGGAGUUUUCAAUAUCUUCAAAUAUUAUUCAAUUCAAAUACUUCAUAAAGUCAGAAAAUGGUACACGACUUGUACUGAAGGAAGACAACACCUUUGUCUGCACCCUGGAAACUCUUAAGUUUGAGGCUAUAAUGAUGGCUUUAAAAUGUGGAUUUAGACUGCUGACCAGUCUGGAUUGUUCCAAAGGGUCAAUUGUUCACAGCGAUGCACUUCAUUUUAUCAAGUAAUUACUUCUAUCACCAGACAAAGGCAACAAGCAUGCAGCCAGUAAACCUCAUUAAACUACAGCAUCCAGACAUCACAAAUAAUGUAUCUAACUAGCCCUGUACCACAGAGCUCUGCUGCUAAUGAAUUAAUGUGAGCUAAUGGUAUGUAAAUUCCAUAAUGACAUUCAUCUCUGGGUUAUUUAGGCUGAACAAGUAUCUUAUGUUUAAAUUUAAUAACAAUGAUCUGCUAAAUAUUGUAAAGACAGAUCGAAUGCUGCUGCUAUUUGCAUAUAUUUUUCCUUCAUGUUGUCUUUCACCCAGAGAGUCUAGCUGAAAUGUUUUGUGUACUUGUAUGAUUAACAUGCAUACACCUUAUUGUUCAGUUGAACAGUGGUGAAAGUAUUUUCAUAUAAUAUGCAAGCUUGAAACAUGUUUUGCUUAUGACAAAAUUCGCACUGGAUUUUAACUGGAAUAAAACAUUUUGAGUGUUCAUUAGAGUUUCUGCAAAUCUAUUCGAAGCUGAAUUAUACUAAAAUUACAACAAUAUAAGACUGCAAAAGACUGUAAAAGCUAUCAAUUUGAUUCUAAAUUAAACAGAU